AUGUCUGCACCCAGGAGACCUAGAAUCGACAUUGACUUUUACGAGCAGCCAAAGACUAUUGGUUAUUUUGAAUCCAUCAUCAACGCUCUGCAUGUUGAUUUAGACAAGGAGAAUGCAGAUACAAGCUUCAGCGCACCAGACUUGUCUUAUUUCACAGCACACUUUCAAAAAUUCCAAUUAGACCACUUGGGCAAAGAUGCUAUGGAAAAGGCAAAGCGUCAGCGCAAGACACUGCCCACGAGCGUCCCUUUCUCUCUGUUUAAUGUACAUCAAUUGGACCCUGAAUCAGCACUAUACUUUAUUUUGAAGGCUGCCUACAAAUUCAAAUCGGAUAACGCCAUUGUCGAUUGGAGGUUUGAUGCUAAAGAUGAGAUCCCAACCUAUUUGGCCAUGGUGCAAGUCAUUAAAAAGGCACUGCUUGAUGCAGAAUUCGACAUCAGUAUCCCAUGCGUCUUGUUUGAUGCUGCUGUAGACGAGCAAAAAAAACAGAAGCUAAGCUUACUCGUGGAGGCAUUAGGAGGUACUUUGGCUAAACGAAACUACGAAGCAACAUUCAUCGUCUACGACGAGGAAGCUGCUUUGGACAAACACCACAAAAACUGGAGAAUCAUCAGCAAAGAGCAACAGGAUGAGAACGAGGAUGAGCAGGCACUAGUUCACUGGAUUGGACUCCCUGAUUCGUACAACAGCAGACUGUCAUUAAGCGCAUGUCCUCAAGAUAAACAGCAGGAAACAGACUUGCCACAAGAAAAGCAAAAGGCACCUUGGAACGUUGCGUCGAAUUGGAUAGAAGACAGCGCUAAAUACAACGAAUGGAUGUCACCUUUAGAUUAUGUGAUUGAGGAGAAGCAAAAGACACAGCUGCCCAGAAGAAAGCGACCCACCGAAGAGGAACUAGAGGAGGAAGAAGCCAAAAAGAAGCAAAAGACACCGCCACCCACGCAAGAAGACAUUGCUCGUCAAUUCAUGCCAGUGCAGCAGCAUGAAAUCAUCAUCCCAUCGUACGCUGCAUGGUUCGAUAUGGCCACUAUUCAUCCUAUCGAGAGUCGUGGACUACCCGAAUUCUUCAACAACAGGAACAAAUCAAAGACACCCACCAUCUACAAGGAAUACCGUGAUUUCAUGGUCAAUACAUACCGUCUGAACCCCUUGGAAUACUUGACAGUUACCGCAUGCCGAAGAAAUAUGACAGGCGAUGUCUGUGCCAUUAUUCGUGUGCAUGCAUUUCUUGAGCAAUGGGGUCUGAUCAACUAUCAGAUGGAUCCCACUGCCAAACCAACCGCUAUCGGCCCUCCUUUCGAAGGCCAAAUCAAGAUUGUCGCAGAAUUACCACCAGGCCUCAAAAAGAGCAUCAAGAAUGAAGCAGAGGAUGUCGACAUGCCAACUAUCACCACACACCAUACAUUAGGCAACGAAACGGAUUCAAACGAAGCAGAGCUAUCCAACGACGUUCCCAGCACGACCACCGCCAAAGACACUUGUAAAAAGACCAACCCUACCUUAGAUUUAAAUUUAGAUUUGCGUGUCGACAUUUACGAAGCAGCUGCUAAAGCGUACCAAGAAAAGAAAAACAACGAAACCUGCGCUUCUUGCAAAUCAACAUCAAAAGACGGCUACCAUCACGACACAACAUUUGUCUGUUCAACUUGUUUCGAGGCUGACAAGAUACCUGCUAAUACCAAAAAAGAAGAUUAUAUCAAGAAGCAGCUGCCGCCAAAGGAAGAAGCAUGGACAGAGCAAGAAGACAUGUUUUUGUUGGAGGGUCUAGAAAUGUAUCCUAAUGACUGGAACAAGGUCGCUGAGCAUGUGUCUACAAAGAGUCGUGAAGCUUGUAUCUUGCACUAUCUCAAACUGCCCACAGCCGACCCUCGCAUCGAUCCUCAAGUCAAGCGUCUGGGAUUAUUGGAUUUCAACAGAAAGGAUCAUGUUGAAAACCCCAUCAUGUCUGUCGUCGCCUUUUUAGCCUCCAAUGUCAAACCCAAGGUAGCAGCGUCUGCUAUUCGUGAUGUUGAAAACGACGACGAUCAAGACAUGGAGUUAACAGACGAUCAAGCACAAGUGGACUCGUUACAGGCAACAUACACGCUGAUUCAAACCAAGAUUGCACAAUUCUCAUCACGCAUGUCAGGAUUUGAAAAGAUGGAGACAUUGGUGGACAAGGAACGUCGCCAUCUAGAAAAGGAGCGAUUCCUGAUCCGUCAAGAGCAUUUCGCGAUACGCAAUCAAAUGGACAGCAUUUAUGGACGCAUGUUUCAAGAAAGACAGGCUAAAUUAUUGAAAGAACAGCAGCAUAAAAUGGCAUUGGAGUUACAGCAACAGCAGGCAAAGGAAGAGCUGAUGCCAGCUCAUGCUGUUGUGAGAUUACCUCAUGAAAUGUUGUCGCCAGAAGAAUUGGAGGUUCAGAAUCAACUAAGAGCAAAAUACCCAGUUCAGUAUCUACAAAGACAACAUGCUUUAUCUACGCAAUUACAACAGCAACAGCAACAGCAACAACAACAACAACAACAACAACAACAACAACAACAGCAACAGCAACAGCAACAGCAGUAA